GCGAAUCCGACGCUAUUCCACCAUGAGCGACAAAUUUUCCGAACUCAGAUCCCACUACAAGCACGCGGUGCAGGCUGAGGCACUGCUCUUCAACAACGGACGCCGUGCCCUUCGACUCGAGGUGCCCGAUAUCGGCAAGGAGUUUACGGACGGACUGUACAUCGGGAAAGAUCCCGAGGGUACCUUUUACUACAAUUAUGCGGACAACUUCGACCGCACGGGAAUCAAAUACAAGACAUACCGCUAUGUGAACAAGAUCGACAACAAGACCUGCGCAUGGAUCAAGUUCUACACCGAGUCGGAGAAUCAGUGCUUUGCUGAGUUUUUGGGAGUCGAUGCGGACGAGAGCGUGCGCGGAUGCAACAUGGAUGCCUACGAGGGCACCGGCUCGUGGAAAGACAUGAACCUCGGUUCGGUCACCUGCUUCAUCCGCAAAUACGACGACCAGAGCAGGAUCACGAUCAGCUGUCCCGCCAUCAAGGCCACCGCAACAAUUACCGACACGAACAACGUCCUGCGGGGCAAAUCAGUCAAGGUUGGAGGUAACCUGCAUUUCAAGGACAUCGACACUGUCAAACGUGGGAAAUACGCCAGCUACAACAACGAUCGGAUUGUGUUCUACGAGAGCACUGCAGUCAGCACGGAUUUUACCGCGUUCUUCGUCCCGUACGAAUCCGCACAGAGUACGCUGGAGGUCAGCUCGGCGAGCACUGCCGAGUUUUCCAGCAUUAGUUGGUCGUGAUCAGCAUAAGAAUCGUAACCGUAUAAUAUACUUCUGAUCCACGCUAGUCGGCUGGGAGAACCCAGUUUAAGACCGAUCAGAAGCUGGCGAGAGGUCUUCAAUGUCAGUUUGCCGGGGCGUUUCAUGCGGGCAGAUGAAAACAAUCGAGAGACAGUUAAUCUCAUGAAUUAAAAGAGAA